AUGAAAGGUGUUUUCAAAGCUUCGUCUGCUGUGCUCUCAUUGGCAAGCAGCGUUGUAGCUGGGCCCCUCAACAGCCGCUCAGAGAUCAUUCUUUUCAAGGGCCCCUUCAAGGUUGCUUCUGACUCUGUUCACAAUGUCCACAUUGGAUACGGCGAUGAUUCCUUUGAAGGAGAUGUCCAAAUUGUCUACGGAGCGUGUGACAUGGCUGGCAGCCACGAACGACACCACGAGCUUGGAUCGACCUUUUUCCGACGCGAUGCCCGUCCAGAACGUUUAGUUUGGAUUGUUCCCGAUGAAGCUGUUCAUGGAGGCUGUCUACAUGCAUAUUCUGGAUCCGCCCUCAUUGGCCGUUCGGAACCCAUUGCCAUUACCAGUAACUACCAGAAACGAGAAGACAUGUCCAAGAUCUCAGACUGGAGUGGCCCAUGGUUCGACGGCGUCGCUUAUCUCCAGAAUAAAGUAAAUAGUGCGUCGUUCGUCGCGGUCGAGAAAAGCAAGAAGAUCGCAAUCGUUGGCGGAGGCAUGUCCGGUCUCUUGACAAGCCAUCUAUUGACAUCUGUCGGAAUCAACGACUGGCACAUUACUGAGAGCUCUCAGCGUAUUGGAGGCCGUAUUAGGACGAAGUACCUCGCCGGAACGACACCUGAUCAAUAUCAAUACCAGGAAAUGGGCCCGAUGAGAUUUCCCGUCAGCACGAAAUAUACCGAUACCAACGAGACGCUUGAUAUUAACGACCACAAGAUGGUCUUCCAGCUUGCCGACACAUUGAACAAGCUGAACGGUAACGAUUCGACACUGGCAGUCAACUUCAUUCCUUGGAUCCAGGCAAGUCCGAAUGUCCCAGCCAACUCCAAUGGGUACAGGCUGCCGAACGGUCGCAUCCCCAGUGCAGCCCAGGUUAAAGCCAAUUCGAGUUUGGUACUACCUACAGCUAAGCCAGAUGACUAUGAUGAAGAAGUCGUCACAAAAGCUGAAGACGCGCUCGCAGCCUUUUACGACGAGACCCCAGAGCGUCUCAGAAACGCAUCCCAAAGCAUCUACAAAGCUCACAAGGAGGCCAUUGAGAGGGGCCUGUUCCACUGGUCCGAGGCUGCUUACCUGAGGUACCAUCUGAACAUGAGCGCCGAUAUGGUCGACUAUGUCGCCGGCGCAGGCUCCGACCCCAUGUGGGAUCUUUACGAUACCGUCUACUUUGGAGCUACAACCUGGCGAACUAUCGACAAAGGUCUGGAAUCGCUUCCUCGCGCUUUCUAUCCGCACGUCCAGGACAAGCUUACUCUUGGUCGUAAGAUUGAUGGUAUUAUGUACAACAACGACACGGGCAAAGUUAGUCUCACUUGGCGUCAGGACCAGUUUGCUAUGGAGCCCGAGAAAGAAGAGUACGACUAUGCCGUGGUCGCAGUGCCUUUCUCCAAAGUCAGGACAUGGAAACUCCCGCAGUACUCGUCUCUUUUGUCUCGGGCCAUUCAAACGAUGAAUUACGCGCAAUCUUGCAAGGUGUCUCUCAGAUAUAAAACUCGGUUCUGGGAGCAUCUGGACGAACCUAUCAUCGGUGGUUGCGGUGCCGUGGACAUUUACGGCAUUGGCUCUGUCUGCUACCCCUCAUACCAGAUCAACUCCACCAGACCAGGUGUGAUCCUUGCUUCAUACUCCAGUGGAACUUCUGCGCGCUCACUCGCUGCAUUGAGCACCGAAGACCACGUCGCCCGCGUUCAGCGAGCCAUGGUCGAAGUACACGGCGACGUUGCUGCCGAGCAAUUCACCGGCGCGUAUGAGCGACAAUGCUGGGAAGUUGAUGAGCAUCAGGCUGGCGCUUGGGCUGAUCCCCUUCUUGGUCAGCAAGAUCUCUACCUACCAGCAUAUUACAAGACCGAGGCCAACACGAUUUUCAUCGGGGAGCAUACAAGCUACACGCACGCCUGGAUAUACUCGGCUCUUGACUCGGCGGUUCGUGGAACGACGCAACUUCUGCUCGAUAUGGGUCUUGUCGAUGAGGCCAAGCAGAUUGUAGAAGAAUGGAUGGGCCGGUGGAUCAACCUGUAA